AUGAACUAUUUUGAUUCAGAAGAAAAAUUCACAGAGACCCAACUUCCUCCACAAGAAGCUUUCUGCAGUUCAUUGACUGGCGAGACUAUCACAGAUGAAGACUAUGAACAUGCCCAGAUCAUAUGGAACGACUUCAACAUCAAACAUCUUGGAGAAUAUCACGAUUUGUAUGUCAUCACCGAUGUUCUAGCACUGGCUGGUGUGUUUGAAAAUUUUCGAGACAUCUGUUUGAAUUACUACGAGUUAGAUCCUGCUCAUUUCUACACAUCACCAGGUCUGGCUUGGCAAGCCGCUCUGAAAAUGACAGGAGUGCAACUGGAACUACUGACCGACAUUGAUCAACAUCUAUUCAUUGAGAAAGGGUUGAGAGGUGGUAUCUCGUUUAUCGCCCAUCGCUAUGCCAAAUCUAACAACACCCAUCUUCCAGAGUUUAACCCUGAACAACCCGAGAGCCACAUAAUCUACUUAGAUGCAAACAAUCUAUAUGGCUGGGCCAUGUCACAACCUCUACCUGUUCGGGGAUUUCACUGGCUCAAUGAGACAAACAUAGAACAGUUGGAUAUUGCCCAGGUGCCAGAUGAUGCAUCAGAAGGAUACAUCUUGGAAGUGGAUCUCGACUACCCCCAUGAACUCCACGACCUGCACAAUGAUUAUCCAUUAGCCCCCGAGAAACUCAAGGUCACUGAAGAGAUGCUCUCCACAUAUGCCAAACAGCUGUUAGAUGAACUGAACUUGAAAGGGACAUCCACCGAAAAGCUAAUACCUAAUUUGCUGCCAAAAGACAAAUAUGUGGUACACUACCACAAUUUGAAAUUCUAUCUUUCUCUUGGCAUGAAGAUGACUAAGAUUCACAGAGUGAUGGCCAUUGAACAGCAAGCCUGGCUAAAAGCCUACAUUGAGUUUAACACAGAAAAACGAAAGGCUGCAAAAAAUUAUUUUCAAAAAGACUUUUUUAAACUGAUGAACAAUUCAGUCUUUGGAAAAACGAUGGAAAAUCUUAGGAAACGUGUGGAUGUCAAGCUUAUUAGCAACAAGAAGAGAGCAUGUAAAUUGGUGGCGAAACCCAACUUCCAUGCCUUCCGCAUCUUUAAUGAAGAUCUGGUGGCUGUCCACCUUUCAAAACAGAGGCUGUACUUGAACAGACCCAUCUAUGUUGGGUUCAACAUUCUAGAUGUGUCUAAAAUAUUGAUGUACAACUUCCAUUAUAACUACAUCAAAGUGAAAUAUGAAUCAAAAGCCCAACUCCUGUUCACGGACACAGACUCAUUGUGUUACAGCAUCCAAACAAAAGACAUCUACCAAGAUAUGAUGGAAGAACGACACCUGUUUGACACCUCUGACUAUGAUCCUGGUCAUCCACUUUACAGUACCACAAACAAGAAGAGCUUAGGUAAAAUGAAAGACGAAAUGCAUGGCAUCCCUAUUCAUGAAUUUGUUGGUCUGAAGUCCAAAAUGUAUUCACUCAUCUACCAGGAGAAGGACCAGGUAAUGGAGAAGAAAACAGCCAAAGGAAUUGUCACAGGGAUUCUAUAA